AUGGAAGAGACACAACAACAACAAGAAUUGUCGCAAGAACAGAUAAUGGAGUUUAAAGAAGCGUUUUGUCUGUUUGACAAAGAUGGAGAUGGUUGCAUCACUGCUGAUGAACUUGCCACUGUGAUCCGAUCUUUGGAUCAGAAUCCGACCGAACAAGAACUUCAAGAUAUGAUCAGAGAGAUCGACUCUGAUGGUAACGGCACCAUUGAAUUCUCUGAGUUUCUCAACCUCAUGGCCAACAAAAUCCAGGAAACUGAUGUAGAUGAAGAGCUGAAAGAAGCAUUCAAAGUCUUUGACAAAGACCAAAAUGGUUACAUCUCUGCCAGUGAGUUGAGGCAUGUGAUGAUCAAUCUUGGGGAGAAGCUAACGGAUGAAGAAGUUGAUCAAAUGAUAAAGGAGGCAGAUUUAGAUGGUGAUGGGCAAGUCAAUUAUGAUGAAUUUGUGAGGAUGAUGAUGACUAGCGGUUAA